GCUUACUUCCAGGAACCGUCUUUGGAGUAGAGCGCGUUUCCAGCCGUGCACAGUUGAGGGGAACACGGGCGAAACAUGGCGAGCCAUCUUCGUUUCGUUGCUCGGACUGUCAUGGUCCAGAACGGCAAUGUCGAUGCGGCAUAUGGCGUCCUGAGCAGAGUGCUGUCCAAGGAUGGAAUAAUUGAGUCUGUGAAGCGCAGAAGAUACUAUGAGAAACCCUGCCGUAAACGAGAGAGAAAGAACUAUGAGAACUGUAAGAGAAUCUACAAUACAGAGAUGGCCAGAAAGAUAUCUUUCCUAUCAAGAACACAAAGACAAGAUCCAUGGCUAGGAUGUUAAGACCAACUCGAGUCACGCACUGAGAUCUGCCUCAGAAGAUGAAGAUUCACAGGAACAUUUUACGUGCAUCAUUAUAGAAAGUCAUUGCAGGACUGUGUUGUGGAAUCUCGAUGCUAUGAUAAUGCAUAUUUAACAUGUUGACUAACUGUUGUAUGUUAUUAAUAAAAAGCUGUAAAAUCA